GUUUCGGUCUCGCGCGUCAUCAAGGCGAAUCCUCCUCCCGCCCCUCGAGCGCAGCAUCAGUCCUCGCGCUGCUCUCGCCGCCGGUUUCGUUCUUUUUUUUUGCAGCCCGUUUAAAUUCGACAGAGAUCAGAAUUGGAGCAUCGCUCAAAACAAUCGAUCACGCUCGCGUUGAACUGUCCGCGCGCCGCUGCGGUGGAAUGCCAAAAACGCUGCGCGCGCUCCUGCACGGACACGAACGAAGAGCAAACGGAGGAGCGAUUCUGAUUCUGCGGUGCUGAAACGGCGUUCGGGUCGCCACACCGGGUAUUUUUGGGAUCCUUCAGCGGCAUCUGAAGCGGGAACCAUGACGGCCACCAAAGAGCAGCAAAGCCAGAGACCGAAUCCGCAGGACGAGGCUGAAGCUCCAGGAAUCAUGACCGAACAUCUUGACAGAAAUCAUGACUCCAAAUUAACUGCCUCACAUGAGAUGUUAUCCAGUUACCCAGAUCAUUUAGACUCUUCUCUCAUUGAGUACAAAUGAACUCAAAUGAAACCUGCAUUAUUUCUCGCUCAGGAUCUGGCCGGCAUGAGUCCUCCUCAGAGGAACUGGAAGGGGAUCGCGAUCGCUCUGCUGGUCAUUCUGGUCGUCUGUUCUCUCAUCACCAUGUCUGUGAUCCUCCUCACUCCAGUGGACACUCAGCCAGGCAGCGACACCAAGCUGACGGUGGAAGAUCUUUUCAGCGCAGAUUUCUACGUGCACGACCCUGAAGCUCGCUGGAUCAACGAAUCUGAGGUCAUCUACAGAAAUCACCACGGACACGUGAUCAGGUUCAACAUCCUCACGAACGAGACGGAGAUUGUGCUGAAGAACACCACAUUCGAUACUUUCAAAGCCACCAGAUACUCCAUAAGCCCAGACAUGAAGUAUGUGCUUUUCGCCUACAAUGUCAAACAGGUGUACCGGCACUCGUUCACGGCGUCCUACAUCAUAUACAGCAUUCACACCAGGGAGGUUCUGCAGCUGGAUCCUCCAGAGGUGUUGAACUCUAAACUGCAGCACGCGGCGUGGGGCGUCCAGGGCCAGCAGCUGGUGUAUAUAUUUGAGAAUAAUAUUUACUAUCAGUCGGACGUCAGGAGUAACUCGCUGCGACUGACCUCAUCUGGAAAGGAGGGCGUCAUCUAUAACGGCAUUGCUGAUUGGCUCUAUGAAGAGGAGGUCCUGCACACGCACGUGGCGCACUGGUGGUCGCCUGACGGAGAGCGCUUGGCAUUUCUGGUCCUGAAUGACAGUCUGGUGCCAAACAUGGCGUUGGCCACUUUCACCGGCUCUGCAUAUCCUAAAGGCAAACAGUACCCGUAUCCGAAGGCUGGUCAGCCCAAUCCCAUGGUGAAACUGUUUGUGGUCAAUCUGUACGGACCGACACACACUCUUGAACUCACACCACCAGAUGAACUCAAGCUCAGGGAGCACUAUGUGGUGAUGGUCAAGUGGAUCAGUAAGACCAAGACAGCAGUGCGAUGGUUAAACCGAGCACAGAACGUCUCUAUACUGACCGUCUGCGACUCCACCACUGGAGCCUGCAUCAAGAGGCAUGAAGAAACAUCAGAAGUUUGGCUCUCAAAACAGAAUCAGGAGCCGUUCUUCUCACGAGACGGCAGCCGCUUCUUCCUGACGGUCCCGGUGAAGCAGGGAGGACGAGGAGAUUUCCACCACGUCGCCAUGUUCACCUCUCAGGCACGUGCGGAUCAGAAUGAGGUGCGACAUCUUACAUCUGGUAACUGGGAGGUGACGCAGAUUCUGGCUUACGAUGAGAACAGCCAGAGCAUAUAUUUCCUGAGCACCGAGGGCUCCUCGACCCGCCGGCAGCUCUUCAGUGUGUCCACAGUGGGCCUGUUUCCACGGCGAUGUCUGACCUGUGAGCUCAAUAAAGCUCACUGCACGUUUUUCAGUGCCAUUUUUAGCCCCACUAAUCAACACGUCCUACUGCACUGCAAAGGUCCAGGAGCGCCGACAGUGAUCAUACACACUCUGAACACUGCCAAUUAUUACGUCCUGGAGAAUAACUCUGUGCUAAAAGCUGUUCUCAGAUACAAACGAAUCCAGCUGCUGGAAUACAGAAGCAUCCAGACUGACCACUUCGAAUUACCGCUGAAGAUCGCUUAUCCACCCGAUUUCUCAGAGUCCCGCACUUACGCCCUUCUGCUGAUGAUUGAUGCUGCCCCUGGUGGUCAGCAGGUGAAUGACCGUUACUCACUGGACUGGGACUCAGUGCUGGUCAGUUCAGACAAUGUCAUCGUAGCUCGUCUGGACGGCCGAGGAAGCGGCUUCCAGGGUCAGAAGGUGUUACAGGAAGUGCACAGGCGUCUGGGAUCCGUGGAACUGCAGGAUCAACUGGCCGCUGUCGAGUAUCUGCUGAAAUUCCCGUACAUCGAUCGAACCAGGAUUGGUGUGUUUGGUCGGGGUUAUGGAGGAUAUGUUGCACUUCUGCUGAUUAAAUCCACUGAGAACUUGUUUAAAUGCGCAGCAGCCAUGUCGCCUGUGACGGACUGGAGUUUGUACGCCUCGGCCUUCUCUGAACGCUAUCUGGGUUUCCCUCUUCAGGACGACAGCAGAUAUCAGUUCUCCAGUGUGCUGCAGAAUCCACAGGGUUUCAGAGACCAAACGCUCAUGCUGCUGCACGCCACUGCAGACGCAAAUGUUCAUUUCCAGCACACGGCUGAGCUCAUUAAGAACCUGGUGAGGGUGGGAGCCAAUUACACACUGCAGAUUUAUCCAGACGAGGGUCAUUUUCUCUCCAAGAGCAGCGAGCGGCAUGUGGCUUCAACGCUGAGCAGCUACUUCAGAUCCUGCCUGCAGGAGGAAAUGCUUCCCAUCAGUGAGGAGGAGGAGGAAGAGGAAGAGUAGAGUGAAGAUGAGAUGCAGCACACAAACAGACGCAGACACUGACACACACACACACACACACACACAUCGGGACAAUGAAACACACUGGACAAACAUCCAGAGCAGAACACUCAAAUAAACAGAGCCAGGAGUGAGUGAGUGUGUGUGUGUGUGUGAGUGUGAGUGAACAUGUACAUAUGCAUGUGUGUAACCGUUAGGACGAAUGUAUGCUUUAGAGCUGUGUGUGAGUGAGUGAGAGAGAGAGAGGGACAAUUUCUGGCCUAUGGAUCAUUAUCGCUGGAAAUGGAUUGGAAUAUUCCACAUAUCAUAAAUCACUAAUAUCUCUGAUUGGCUGAUGCAUUGGCCAAUCACAGCACAGACUGUCAGGUGGAGCUGCUCCAGUCAACCACUGCAUGGUCCUUUUGCUUUGCUUCACUUCUUUUGCCACUUUCUGUCUGUCAGUAUGUUGUCACCUUCCAGAGGAGCUGCGAUCGAUUGCGUUUCUCACCGUUUCUCCAUUUGCUGAAAAGAAACGUAAUUUCAUCCACAGAAGGCAGGAGGAUCUGCGUAAAGAGAGCGAGGCCUCGGUGGCACACGUGCAUGCCGCUCUCUGUGU